CCCUCUUGGUCAAACAUAAAACAUAGCCAAAUUAACCUCCUUUUUUAUCUCCAAAAUUUUCCCGGUAAAGUGACAGCAAAUAAAGAUAUUUUCACAUAAAUUACAUAAAAGAGACACAAAGAAGCCCUAGCUUGGCUGUUUCUUAAUUUGAUUCUUCUUCUACUUUUAGAUGGAUUUUGUUCUCAAUGCAUCACUUACCUCAAUUUCUCACUCGUAAGAAGAAAACCAGCUCGAUGGACCCGAAAAAUCGAAGGAGGCCAAGGCUGGAGAGACGUAAUGCGUUGAAGCACAUUGACUACGAAGCAACGCCUUCGUUUUCAUCUCUAGACGACUCGUCAUCGUCGUCUUUAUUUACUCGAUCGCUUGAUUUGCCGGAUCGGACCAGUUUUCGAAUCGAAGGAACCGAAGGUGAGUUAGACCGCAUCUGUCGCAGCUUAGGCCUCUCUGGCCCCGAGGAUUUCGCGAUUCCGGCGGCUGCUUGGGAAGCUAUGAAGGCCCGGUCCGCUUCCGAUCUUUUGCGGCGGUCCAGAUUGUUGGGGCCGGAUAGUCCGAAAGCAGCUGAAGAAUUUAAAGCGAUAGUUGAAAUGACCAAUCAGCAAGAGGAGAGGGAAUUGUGUGCUGGGGUUUUGAAGAGUGUUAGAGUUAGGGAUUCUUCAACUGAGUUGAACACUUGUCAUGAUAUUGAUAAUCGUGGUGUGUCAGUUGGAAUUAAAGGGCCUAGGCCGCCGCUACUGAAGCCGCCGCCGUCGAUGACAUUACCAGUGAUUGAUAAAGAGUGUUCAACUUGGGAUUUAUUCAGGGAUUUUGCACCUGAAAAUGAUGGAGUGGUUAAUAAUAACAAAGAAUUCAGUUCUGGUGAUGAUGAUGACGGACGAGAAAGAAGACCGCAAGUAAUUGAUGCAGCUGUGGAUAACAAGAGAGAAGAAGAAGAAGAAAAUUUGUUGAGGAUAGGUGAAACUGCGGUAUUAUCAGAGUCGUGUUCGUUUACCACGUCUAAUGAUGAUGAUUCGUCAAGUAGUACAACCGAACCCAUGUCGAAUAUUUCCCCUAAUUUGAGAUUUAGAAGGUCUAUUACCGAUUGGGAAAAGGGUGAGCUUCUCGGACGUGGGUCAUUUGGAUCGGUUUAUGAAGGAAUCUCUGACGAUGGAUUCUUUUUUGCUGUCAAAGAGGUUUCACUGCUUGAUCAGGGAAGUCAGGGAAAACAAAGUAUUUAUCAACUUGAGCAGGAGAUUGCUCUUUUAAGUCGGUUUGAACAUGAAAACAUAGUUCAAUAUUAUGGCACAGAUAAGGAUGAAUCAAAACUAUAUAUCUUUCUCGAACUUGUAACUAAGGGCUCCCUUCUAAAACUCUAUCAGAGAUAUAAUCUUCGAGAUUCCCAAGUUUCUGCAUACACAAGACAGAUUUUGCAUGGUUUGAAGUAUCUUCAUGAUCAGAAUGUGGUCCACAGGGAUAUAAAAUGUGCAAAUUUAUUGGUGGAUGCAAAUGGCUCAGUAAAACUUGCAGAUUUUGGUUUGGCAAAGGCAACUAAAUUUAAUGAUGUUAAAUCUUGCAAGGGGACUGCAUUCUGGAUGGCUCCUGAGGUUGUCAAUAAUAAAAACCAAGGAUAUGGGCUUCCAGCUGAUAUAUGGAGUCUGGGAUGCACUGUGUUGGAGAUGUUAACCCGUCAGAUUCCAUAUUCUGAAUUGGAAUCUAUGCAGGCAUUAUUUAGGAUUGGUAGAGGUGUUCCUCCACUCGUUCCUGAUUCUCUCUCAAAUGACGCACGGGACUUUAUCCUGCAAUGCCUACAAGUUAAUCCGAAUGAUCGCCCAACUGCUGCGAUGCUCUUAGACCAUCCAUUUAUGAAGAGGCCUCUCCCAACAUUCUCGGGUUCAGCAUCUCCCUAUAUUGGCCGUCGAUUGUAGAAAUUUUUGGUUCAUUUUGAUCAUGAGAGAUAAUUCUGUCCAUGACGAAGCAAAUGGGACCUUUAUAUCACAAUGCAUGCUCAAGUUGGAUGACAUGGUCGUGGACACUGUUUGACAGGAAGCAACCAUGGAUUCAGAUUCUGUAGGCUCGAAGUCUGCAUGCUUAUAAUUUCUGAAUGGAACUCGAAGCAUUGGGUUGGGGGGGGGGGGGGGGGGUUGAAUUUUACCGUCAUGAUAAGAACAAGCAACCCUCAUUUUCCCUGCUUUGAAGAUUCGGCAUCACAGAGCGACGAACAGCUUGAAUUGCUAUUUUUUUACUUUUCCGUUGUGGAAAAAAUAAACUCCUGAUGUCAACUUGUGCAACAUUGCAAGUACUUGGGUUCAUUUAUAUUUUAUCGGGGAAAGUUGCCCCUUGUAAGAGCAAGGUGUGAGAGCAAUUGUUGUAGGGAUAGGGAAGCUUGCACUAUUUGUAUAUAUCAUCAUUGUUGUAGCCAUUGUAUCAUUUUAUUUUUUCCUUUGUUA